GUUUUUUUCUGUUUCUUUGCAGUCACUCUUAGAAGCACAUGAUAUUGUGGCUUCAAAAUGUUACGAUUCCCCUCCUUCUAGCCCAGAAGUCAAUAAUUCUUCAGUGAACAAUCAGAUUGUUCCAGUAGAUGCUAUUCGUAUCCUUGGAAUUCACAAAAGAGCAGGAGAACCACUGGGUGUAACAUUUAGAGUUGAGAACAAUGAUCUCGUAAUAGCACGAAUUCUUCACGGUGGAAUGAUAGAUCGACAAGGUCUUCUGCACGUAGGUGACAUUAUUAAAGAGGUGAAUGGCCAUGAGGUUGGAAACAAUCCAAAAGAAUUGCAGGAACUGCUGAAAAAUAUUAGUGGCAGUGUCACUCUGAAGAUUCUCCCCAGCUACAGAGACACUGUUAUUCCUCAACAGGUUUUUGUGAAGUGUCAUUUUGAUUAUAAUCCAUAUAAUGACAACCUCAUCCCAUGCAAAGAAGCAGGUUUGAAAUUUUCUAAAGGAGAAAUUCUUCAGAUUGUAAACCGGGAAGAUCCAAAUUGGUGGCAGGCUAGUCAUGUGAAAGAAGGAGGAAGUGCAGGGCUUAUUCCCAGCCAGUUCCUGGAAGAGAAGAGAAAGGCCUUUGUGAGGAGGGACUGGGACAAUUCAGGGCCUUUCUGUGGAACAAUAAGCAGCAAAAAAAAGAAAAAGAUGAUGUAUCUCACUACAAGAAAUGCAGAAUUUGAUCGUCAUGAAAUCCAGAUCUAUGAGGAAGUAGCCAAAAUGCCUCCUUUUCAGAGGAAAACAUUGGUCUUAAUUGGGGCCCAAGGAGUGGGGCGAAGAAGUUUGAAGAACAGGUUUAUAGUACUGAAUCCUACUAGGUUUGGAACCACAGUGCCAUUUACCUCACGAAAGCCCAGGGAUGAUGAAAAGGAUGGGCAAGCGUACAGAUUCGUGUCACGAGCUGAAAUGGAGAUGGAUAUUAAAGCUGGCAGAUAUUUAGAGCAUGGAGAAUAUGAAGGAAAUCUUUAUGGCACUAAAAUUGAUUCCAUCCUUGAAGUUGUUCAGACAGGAAGGACCUGCAUCUUGGAUGUGAAUCCACAGGCCCUGAAAAUACUGAGGACUUCCGAAUUCAUGCCCUAUGUGGUGUUUAUUGCUGCUCCGGAGUUGGAGACUCUGCGUGCUAUGCACAAGGCUGUGGUAGAUGCUGGAAUUACAACCAAACUGCUCACUGAUACUGAUUUAAAGAAGACAGUGGAUGAAAGCGCACGGAUCCAGAGGGCAUACAACCACUAUUUUGAUCUGACCAUUGUAAAUGACAACCUAGACAAAGCCUUCGAGAAGCUGCAGACUGCUAUCGAGAGGCUGAGGCUGGAACCGCAGUGGGUCCCAAUUAGUUGGGUAUAUUGAGGUUUCCCAGGAGGAGCUCAAAUAACAAAUAAACCCGACUGCAGCAAGACGCUGAUGUGACGUUGUGUAGAUACCGGCGAUGACUACGGCACCUGUGCAUUUUUACUCUGUGUAUAUUCCAAAGUACACUGUUCUGAAUUUUUAUAGAAAUGCUGAAGGGAAAGUGUACUUAAAUAUGUAAUUUAUUUUAAUUUUUCUAACUUUUUACAGAUAACCUUUCUAUUCAUAUCACAUGAAGGAAAUGCGUUUAAGCAUUUUUCUAUGUUUUGAUUUAGUACCUUUGCCUUUUUCAUCUAAGAAACUUUCAGUCAUUCACUUCAACACUUACAUCUUGGUCUUACAUUUUCACUGUGAUUAAAAAAGGAUACU